CAAAACCCAUCCGCAGUGCGGAAAGGAUUCGGUUAUCUUCAGAUUUCCGUUCCGGGAUGAUGGCCCCAUCACCUUCGAAAAGUUCCAAAACACAACAUCCCGCCUUUCUCAUAACAACGGAUUCGGUGGACUCCAGUCCCGUUCCUUCAAGCCCUCCAAGCACAGAUGCUCCAAAGUCGCAGUGCUCUUCGUUAUCGGACGGCGAAUCGUUCGAGUGUUACGGUGACAUAUCGAUUUCCGAAGCCGGGGGAGUUGAUUUAGAAUUAGCACCGCACUUGAACUCCACCACUAUCGGCGAAAGCAAUAGAAUGAAUACAUCCGACAGAAACAGCAACACAGGCGGAAUCAACAGACAUUCGUGGAGCCGUACCAGCUUGCGUGGUGCGCCUAAAAGCCAAAACGAGAAUUUGCCGAACAGACGCUGGGGCUCCAUGAGGCAGUAA